AGAAGCUCAAGAGGAUUCUGACAGCAUCUUUGUGGAGAAGGAAGAGCUUUCAAAAUAGAAACCACAGCUCCUCCUGCUGCCUUUCUUUCCUACCUGCGACUCCCACACCGAUAGCAAGAUGUGUAAGGGACUUGCAGGUCUGCCGGCUUCCUGCCUAAGGAGUGCAAAGGACAUGAAGCAUCGGCUGGGGUUUCUGCUGCAAAAGUCUGAUUCUGGUGAACACAGUUCAUCCCACAGCAGGAAAGACAGAGGGGUUGUUAAUCAGAGGGCGAGCCAAGAGGAAGUCAAGAAAUGGGCUGAAUCACUGGAAAACCUGAUUAGCCAUGAAUGUGGGCUAGCAGCUUUCAAGGCUUUCUUGAAGUCUGAAUUCAGUGAGGAGAAUAUUGACUUCUGGGUCAGCUGUGAAGAGUACAAGAAAAUCAGGUCACCCUCUAAGCUCAGUCCCAAGGCCAAGAAGAUCUACAAUGAGUUCAUCUCAGUUCAAGCAACCAAGGAGGUGAACCUGGACUCUUGCACCAGGGAGGAGACAAGUCGGAACAUGAUCCAUCCUACAAGAACCUGCUUUGAUGAAGCUCAGAGGAAGAUUUUCAACCUGAUGGAAAAGGAUUCAUACCGCCGAUUCCUGAAGUCCCGAUUCUAUCUUGAUUUGGUCAAUCCUUCCAGCUGUAGGGCAGAGAGGAAGAAAGGAGGCAAGAGAUUGGCAGACUGCACUCACCUGCUCCCCCAGUAUGCCUAAUUCGCACUAAAGGCAGAGGGCUGACAAACUAAGACUCUAUGCUCUGAAAAAUCUGAGGCCAAAUAUUGAUCUCUAUAAAGCACCAAUGCUUUAUCCAUAUUGUAGCCUAAGUGUUCAUGCUGUCUGCCAUGUGUGAGUCACUUCCAUGUACAAAUUAGAUUUAGUCAUGGUGGUUGGGUCUUCAUCAGGGUGGGACCUUGUUCUAGUCCAGUUUCCCCUAGUUUCCUUGAGGAUGACAUGCAAGCAAGUAUUCAAAUAAUGACCUUGUAGGUCUGGAUUCUCAAAGUGUGUUGGGAGUUCUUCUCCACUCCUAACAGUCUGACCUCAGGUUGGUUGAUUGAUACACCCCAUGUGUAUGUAUACAUACACAUGUAUAUGUAUUCAGUUAGCCAGUAUUUCCUACAGACUCUCAGUGGAUA